AUGCCUGACUCAAGUCUACCGACGCAGUUCGACCAUGUAAUAAUCCUCCUGCCAUACAAGGAUAUUAUCGAUCCGCCAAAGUGGGUGACCGACAACUUCACAGUCAGCCCGGGCGGUCGACACAGCGAUGGCAAGACGGAAAAUCGCUUGUUAAUCUUCAAAGACGGCACCUAUCUAGAACUGAUCGCCUUCAUCGACGAUGAUCCUGACAAGCGAAAAGGCCAUUGGUGGGACAAGCCUUGUGGCAUUGUCGACUUCGCGCUCACGACCCAGAAGGACUUCGAUUAUGAUGGCCUGCAGGAAAGACUGCGGGAGUCUGGUUCAGGUAUCUCAUAUGCGCCGCCCCAGGAAGGAGGUAGGAGGACGCCAGACGGAAAGGAGCUGAAGUGGAAGGUCACCUUUCCCAAAGGCGCUGAAAGGGGCGAAGUACCAUUCUGGUGCCAUGAUGUGACCGAUCGUGAGCGUCGAGUGCCCAUCCACGAUGGCAAAACUGAUCAUCCUUGUCAUGCUGUUGGUCUGUUCGGCUUGCAUAUCAAGACUGCGUCAAGUAAGGUUGAACACCUGGAGUCCGCCAUGGUCGCGAUAACCGAAAGCAAGGCCUCAGAGGACGGGCACUUUGCAGUAGGUGCGCCGGCCGUUACAGAAGUUAUCACGGAUAACUGGGUAGCCAUCUCGAAGCUUGCGUCUGACAGCGCUGACAAGCGAUCAUUGCUGGAGCUGACCUUACGUACUCCUGGGAGACAUGGUGUGCCGCCGAUCCGUCAAGACAUUGCCACUGGCUCUGUGGUGAUCGGCUUCGAUGGUAGCGAAUAA